UCUGGAUGCUGGCCAGCUGAUGGAUCCUUGAUCAUCAAAUAUUUUUUAAUGUUAACUAAAUGUGUUUUCUGUUUGUUAAUCAUUCAAUUAAUCAUCAAUGAUAAUGUCGGACGAUUUCGAUAUAAGACGUUUUGAAAUUAUACCACUAUUGGACGAUAUCAAGAUCAACGAAAAAGUUUCCAUACAGAUCACAUGUAUUGAAGUUGACAAUCAUGAUGUAUAUCUUGGCACAAUCGAUUCAUUUAUUCUGUUUUAUCCGAAACUACUUUCAUUGAAAACCUGUCCAACAUUAUUAACGGCAAAUCCAUUGUAUAAAUAUUUAGGUUUGAAAAAAUCCAUUUCCAAAUUGAAAGUACUGGCCGUAUUGAAUCGUCUUCUAUGUCACUGUGAUAAUACGUUAAUCAUGAGCAAUUUGGAAAAUCUUGAAAUGAUUUCAAAUUUUCGAAUACGCAAUGUUUUCGCAUAUUGUUUGAAUGAAAAUCCUAUUACCAUGGAUCCAUUUCAGGUAGAAAUCUGUAUGGCCAAACGUAAAUCAUUCACCAUUGGAUUACUUCAUUCAGAUAAAAUGAACAUUAUGAAAGAGAUAAAUGUUUCUGAACAACCAUUAUUGAUGGCCAUGGAUGGCCAUUUUAUCUGCAUGGCAUCGGCUAGCAAUUAUUUUAUGAUCAAUUGGGAGACCGGAUCUUCACAACUGUUAUGCAGUAAUCCUGGUGAAACAUAUGUAAUGCCUAUUUGUAAAUACAUUUCUCGCAAUGAAUUCCUAAUCGAUGGACCAUCACAUCUAGGUGUUUUCAUUAAAACUUCAGGAAUUUCCGAACGUCCACCGAUCAACUGGGGACCAAAUGUUUCUCAGAUUGCGUAUUCGUAUCCAUAUAUUCUAUGUUUGAAAUCAAAUUCAAUUUCGAUAAUCAGUGUGAUUGAUCAAAAAGUUAAGGAUGAAUUUCUUUUUGAAAAUGGUGUACAUAUUGAUAAUUUUGAUGGCAAAAUUGUUGUCGCUACCAAAGAACGUCUAUUUUCACUGUAUCGUAUUUCCUGGCAAGAACAAUUUAAUUCAUUACUAUUGAAUGAAAAAUCACAGGAAGCUGUAGAUCUAUUUCAUAAUCUAUAUGAAACAGGUAUGAUGACCGAUCAGGAAUUUCAACAAUGUGAAUCGAUAAAAUUUCGUGCAGGACUUAUUGAAUUGAAGAAACAAAAUUUCGAUCUAGCCAAACGAUUUCUAUUCGAAUGUCAUUGUGAAGUGGAACGAAUUUUCAAAUUGAAUCAAAAUUUAAUGGAAAAAUUGAAAAUAAUUGCAACACCCGAAGAUGAUAAUGUGCAAUUGUUGAUGGAUAAAAUCAUACAUGAACUAGACACGAGUAUUAUCAAUAGGUUUCUUUUGGAUUACAUGAACGAUUUGAUUUCCAGCACCGAUUAUAUUGAUCAAGUGAAUUUCAAGCUAGUCAAAACGGCUCAAUUGUUUUUGUAUUUCGAAGACAUUGAAUGCUAUUCAAAUUCAAUCAAAAAAUUCUUUGAUAGCCAAAACGAUUAUUAUUACGAAUUAAUUGAAAAAUAUCUAAACGAUAAACAUUACCAUUAUCAUAUGGCAUUGUAUUAUGCAUCAAGAGGUCAGAUGGAAAAAUCCAUAGAAUUAUUGAAAAAAUUGGAAAAGAAAUCCAUUCAAGAUGACCAUUAUCCUGGCCUUUGUGAAUUGAUUCGUUUGUUAACCGAAUGUGGUAAUGCACAAUUAAUAAUGAAUAAUGUGGAAUUUAUUCUAGAACAAGAUCAACAUCAAGGAGCACAGAUUUUAAUAGCCAAUACUUUGGUGGAAAAUGAUAAAUUUCCUGUGCUUAAUCCUGAAUUUGUUGUUCGAAUUCUUCAUCAACAUCGACAGGCUUUAAUCAUUUAUCUAGAACAUUUGAUUGAUCAAAUGCAAUUGACCAAUGUACAAGUUCAUACUACAUUAAUUAUAAUCUACAUUGAAAUUCUAUCACUGCAACAAGAGAAUGAGGAACAACAAUCUAGAUUAUUUGAAGAAACGAGAGAAAAAUUGCGACAACUACUAAUGAAAUCUGAUUAUUAUGAUCAGAAGAUUGUGUUGAAAAAUUUAAUCGCAAACAAUUUAGACUACGAAAUGGCAACAUUAUAUGGAAAAAUGGGUGAACAUCGUAAAGCAUUCGAAAUCUAUCUGAAUGAUCAUCAUCUUGAUUAUAAUCAGGCUUUUAAACAUUGUGUUUAUUAUGGUCGUCGACGACAACAACCAACAUCAUCGUUAUCACCUGAAGAUGAUCGAUCUCAAAUCUAUCAGCAAUUAUUAUCGAUCUAUUUGGAUUUAUAUCGAAAGAAUGGUCCGGAAGUGAUGAAACCAUUGUCUGAAUAUCUUAACCAUUCAGAAUGUAGAUUCGAUUUGAUCAAAACCUUGACCGUAUUGCCAGAAGAUUGGCCAAUCAAAUUAAUACAUAGGCAUCUAUCCAAUCAUUUGAAUCGUUUAUUCAAUUCAAAAUUUCAAUCAUCAUUUGGACAUGUUUUGGCACUUUCAAUGGCCGAACGUCAGCGUCAAACAAAACAACGAUUAAUUAAUCAGUCGAUCCGGAUUGAUCGUAACAGUGUGUGUUUUCUAUGCCAUACAAAAUUAUUGGAUUCAAAAUUUGUCUGGAUACCAUCAAAUCGAUCGAUUGUACAUGAUUUCUGUUAUUAUGGCCGUAUACUGCAUCAUAAUGAUGAUGUCGUUACUGGUAAUAAUAAUAAUAACAAUAAUGACGCCUUUGAUCAAUGACAAACGAAAAAUCAAAAAUUGAUCGAAAAAUUAGAUUCCUAUCCCCGAUAAAUUGAUUGGAUAGUGAUUGGUGGUGCCAGCCAGCCAGCACUUGUAAUUUGCCCAUCAGAAAAAUCAUAGAACGACCCAAUUUGGAUCAAUCAAUUUUUGUUUGAAAUUUUAAAACGUUUUUUUCAAUCAUUGUAAAUGAUCGAUAUUAUUUUUGAUUGUGAUUGUGUUUAUGGAUAACAUUAAACUGGAGAAAAAAUUCAAAACUCAAAA